ACAGAUAGGACUAUAAAAUAUUUUAUAAUGUUUUUUAAAAUAUUCACUGUUUUAUUUAUAAUUGUUACUUUUGUAAAUACCAGUAAAGUUACUUUUAAUGGACAUAGAGUGUACAAAGUUAUCCCAAAUAAUGAUAACGAGAAAGAAGUAAUAAUUAAUAUACAAAAGCAAGGAAUCGGUGAACUUUGGUUGGACCAGUUCGAUGUACGUGAUGGAGUUAGGAUAACAGUUGCACCGGAAAAAAAUCAACAGUUUCUAGAUACUAUGAAUAAAAACGAUAUUGAAUAUAAAGAAAUUAUUGCAGAUUUACAGCAGGUUAUAGACGAUCAAUUGAAAUCUGCAAGUCGUUCGGACAGAAGCACAAGUUUCCUAUCAUUCAAUUGGGAUAGAUACCACACACUCGAUGAAAUAUCCAACUGGCUUGAUGAACUUCAGUUCAACUAUCCCAAUAUUGUGACUACUGUAGUGAUGGGACGAUCUGUUGAGAACCGAGAAAUUAAAGGAAUCAAAAUUAAUUACAACCCCAAUAGAAAUAAUACAUUAAUCGGUAUGAUAGAAGGUACACUUCAUGCGAGAGAAUGGAUAGUACCAGCUACAGCAACCUGGAUUAUUAAAGAGUUUUUAACAAGUACCGAUCCCGAAAUGAGAGCGUUAGCAGAGAAUAUUGAAUGGCAUAUUUUCCCAGUUGUCAAUCCUGAUGGGUAUGUCUACACUUUUACAACGCAUAGAAUGUGGAGAAAGAAUCGUAGUACACGAAACUUCACAUCGUGCGCUUCAACUGGUGUUGAUGACGACAUGAGUAAUGGAGUCGAUCUCAAUAGAAAUUUUGAUUUCGCAUGGAUGGAAGUGGGAGCGUCUGACAAUCCUUGCACCAAUACAUUCGCUGGACCGUUCGCAUUGUCAGAGCCCGAGGCUAGAGCCGUCGCUGACUAUGUAUUGACGCUAAACAAUCAAGGAAGACUUAUUUAUUACUUCGGUCUUCAUUCAUACACUCAAUUGAUUGUUGUACCCUACAGUCACAUUACAGCUGAAGAGUCUGCUAAAUUAACAAAUUAUGCAGAUAUGUAUGAAAUCGCAGUAAGAGGUACUGAAAAAUUAAAGGAAAGAUUCGGCACAGAAUACAGAGUUGGAGUUUCGGCUGACAUUAUGUAUCCAAUGAGUGGUACAAGCUUUGAUUGGGUAAAGAACGUAACAGAUGUUCCAGUUUCAUUUCUCAUCGAGUUAAGAGACCUUGGCGAAUAUGGAUUCCUUUUGCCUGCAAGUCAAAUUAUCCCUAAUAAUCUAGAAAUCAUGGACGCUCUAUUGGAGAUUGAUAGAACGACCAGGCGAUUGGGUUAUUAUUAUUCAGGGACAAAUAAUCUUAUAUCUUCUUUAACUUUGAUUGUAUUCUCAAUUCUGUUAAAUUAUUUGUAAAUUAAAAGUU